AUGGGUUCAGCUCCAGGUGGUCUGACAGAUGAUGAGGGUGAUGGUGAGAUGGUGGCGGCGGUGACAGCUGCCUCACCUUCUGGGGAUGCCACUGGGCUGCCUCCUCGCUGUCCAUCCAUGGAGCCCCUUUACCUCCUGGGGUUCCCUCCAGCACCAGCAGCAUUUGGCUUGGAGGAGCUGCUGGCCCUGGCCUCUGCGAAGCCUCCUCCCCUGGGCGCAGCCGCCUCCAGCGGCCCCCACGCCUCUCCUGUUCUCCCCUUUCCCUCCCCAGGCACGCCGGUGUGUCCUCCGUGUGACAACGAGUUGAAAUCUGAAGCCAUAAUUGAGCAUCUCUGUGCCAGCGAGUUUGCCCUGAGGAUGAAAAUCAAAGAAGUGAAAAAAGAAAAUGGCGACAAGAAGAUUGUCCCCAAGAAGAAGAAGCCCCUGAAGCUGGGGCCCAUCAAGAAGAAGGAACUGAAGAGGCUGGUCCUGUACCUGAAGAAUGGGGCCGACUGUCCCUGUCACCAGCUGGACAACCUCAGCCACCACUUCCUCAUCCUGGGCCGGAAGGUGAAGGGCCAGUACUUGCUGACGGCCAUCCACAAGUGGGACAAGAAGAACAAGGAGUUCAAGAACUUCAUGAAGAAGAUGAAGACCCACGAAUGUCCCACUUUUCAGUCGGUUUUUAAGUGAUUCUCAGUGGGCGGGUUGGGGAGGGGCGUGGCUUGGGGCGUGGCUUAGGAGGGGUGGGGCCAAGCGGACACACCCGGGGGUCACACCACCCCUGCUCCUGCUGCUCGGGAGGGCUUUGUAAUCCAGUAGCUUUGCCCUCGCAGCAUCCUUCUCCCUCCCUCCCUCCCUCCCACCUUUCCCCCAGCACCGCCCUCCAGACCCCACUAUAGCCGAUAUUUAAAGCCGCACGCCCAGGUCAGGAAACCCAUUUAGAUUAGGAAGCUUUUGAAGACCGACAGUGUGGAGCAGCAGGCCACUGGGGAAAGGGAGGGUCAGGGACCAUCUCAGCCAGAGACGCAGUCCCUCCAAAAGAAAACGUUGCCAGUAAGGAAAGGGGAUUGGCGCCCAGUGGGAGGCGGCAGCGGACGACGUUAGGUUCUGCCACUUUCUUCAUGUCCUGCAAACUGCUCGUGGAGCUAUCAGCUAAUCUCUGCCUUUGGAACUAGAAAAUUCUCACUGCUGAUAAGACGCGUGGCGUUUCUCUUUCUGUUUUUGGCAGAAACAGACACCCACACCACCCUUACCACUUAAGAGCAAUUCCAGAGUGUGGCAGGUCCAGGAGGGGCUUGAGAAACAGUGAAAACCAAGGGAGGUGCCCGUCCCCCCAACCCCGGCCCGGCCACGUGCGUCUUUGAUCUGAAUAUCGGCCAGUUUCAGAUGCCCUGGAGAUGUUACCAUCUACCCUGGGCAUGAUCACUCCUCCUGACACUUGGAGGACAGCAGGUGCCUGCAUUCAGGUGGGAAAAAGGAAACUUCAUGGGCACCAAACCUAUGGCCUGACAGAGAUGAUGCUGUGUAGACUGAGAAGGCAACUGUUAGUGGUUUUCAAGCAACAUAGUUAAAGGGGAAAAACAAAAGAAUUUAGAGCAGCCCAGCAAAUGCUAGUGUAGGGUGGAUGGUCGUGGGGUGAGGAGCUGAGUAUUCUCAUGCAUCUGUCUGUUCAUUUCACAUUGUUUUAAAGAACAACAAAAACCCAUUUACUUUUCAAGGCUGAAAAAAAAGUCUUUGUUGAGCAUCUGGAAAGUGUGCUAAGACCAGGGUCUCUUGGUGCAUUUGAGGCAACUUUCUAGCUGAGUGGAGGUCUCACUGAGCAUUUUCAUGGGAGGUGGGUUCUGCCGGUAGCGUAGCCAGUGGACCCUCCUUCCCGAGGAGUUCUGGGUGGCUCUGGACCCAACACAACACUAAUCAAAUCUCACAAUGCUCCCAUUCUUGUCUUUCCUGUGAAAAAAUUAAUUCCUUUAAACUUGGUUGCCUACAGAUCAAAGAAAUUCAGAAUGGCCUGCCUGCCUGUCCUGCACAUCAAAAAAUUGUUUUGUUGUGUGGUGUGUUUUUUUUUUUCCAUUUCUGCAGAGGGAAAGUUAAGUUCCAAGGGUUCUCAUCCAAGGAGAGCGUUUCAAAAGCAAAGCAUCUUUAGUUUUUCCCAGGAGCCCUAAGGUAAUUCUCAAAGCCGUUGUGUUUAACAAGCGGCAUACAUAAACCCAUCCACUUCUUCAGCAACUUGACCCCUCUUGUACAAUGUAUAGGAAGCAGUUCCCCCAGUCAUGUUAAUUUCUUCCUCAAGCCUGAUCCGUAAUUCUCUGUGGCACUUUGAGGACUUUAGUGGUUGUCCCUCUGGAUGAAUAUUUAUCCCCGAUCCGAUGUUGCAGUGAGGCUGGGAAUUAUCACUCCUAGGGCUCUGUCUGCCCUGACACCAAAAUAGUGGAGGAUUCUGUUAACUUCUGAGGACUCCACUCCGCAAGCCAGCCUACCAACUUCAUUACCUACCUGAGGGUUAUCCUGAUCAAAUGAACCCCUCACAACUAGUGAUGCUUCAUUUCAUACAUUCUUUGGGGUUCCCUCUGACCUUUAAUCAUAAAGCGUUGGGGAGCUUAAGUGAUCCGCCUGUAAUUUUGGAUGGUUUUUUUUUAAAUGUGUACAUAUAUUAGUCCAUUAGGAAUACUUUACUAUUGUCAACUGAAAUGCAGAGCAGUUUCAUGAGUGCAUGGAUCCGGGUCUAAGUUUUGGUCAAUUAACUCAAGCAUUCAGUGUUUAUGUGUAUCUGCUUGUUUGGACAGAGCAUGUCAUGCAACAGGGCCUCUGUCCUGGGCAUGGGUCUUUGGAGAGGGCUGUAUGUGGGGCAGAGGGGUUGCUGUAGAAAGAUUAGGAAUGAAUAGGUGGCCACACUGCGCAACUCUCUCAGUGGGGAUUCUCAGGUAGGAAGCAGCGUUUCAGAAAGAGUUCCAAAUAAAUUGGAAAUGUGAAAUGCAACAGCAAGUUUUACACCAGCUACAGGGUCCCAGGACCGUGGACUCGGGACAGCCCUGUCUACCACACAUCUGCAACUUCAGGGCAAAGGGAGGCUUUGAGCCCGAAGCUGCAUUUUAUCACAAACUUUUGUCUUUCUCAACAAAGGAUAUAGCAGAACCAAUGUGCAGACUCAUUGACUUGGUCAUUGGUUUUCAAAAGGGGUCUGUCUGUGAUUCGGUAAUUAUUGCUAGUGCAAAGGUCCUAUUUGUCAAGGUUUAAAAUAAUCAUUCUGGGUGGAAUCCUCUGAGGUCAUCGGCCAAAAUCAGCUAAAUCUUUGGAAGAAUAUCAGUGUUUAUCUUAGAAGAUAGAAAAUGAGGUGAGAAUUCCAAGAGCUUUAUUUUUAGGGUACCCGGCAUCACUCCUGGUUCUCGGCGCCAGUGAGUUAGCACCGAGGGCUACCCAAGGCAGAAGCCAAUCAGAGCUCCAGUUUUCAUCUGGUCUGUAAAUUACAGAAACUCCCCUCCCCGAACCUAGAAGCUGUUUUUCUCAUCAGGCUCCAAGUCCCUAGUUGCUGUAAUUCCACAGACAUGCUGGGCUCAGCUGCUCUGUGGUGGACGUGCACCUUUGGAAACGCCCCUGGAAUGAUGUCCUGGCCCUUCUGACCUGUCACCAACAGAAACAUAGGACACAGACGAAAUUCCUUUUCCCUCUAGUCCUUUCAUGUAGCACCCUUCUUAUAGAGUCUCAAUCUUUUACAAAAGCUUCGAAUACUGUGAAGAUGUUUUACAUUCCAUUUCAUUUGUGUGUUUUUUUUGAACUGCAUAUUACCAGAUGUUUUGAUGUUAUCACUUAUGUUAAUAGUAAUUCCCGUGUGUGUUCAUUUUAUUUUCAUGCUUUUUCUGCCAUGUAUCAAUAUUCACUCGACUAAAAUUCACUCACUUAAUCAACA